GAAGGGGGAGGAGCCUCCUGAAGCCUUCCUCAGCUUGGAUUUCUCUCUCCUGUUAUGCAUGAGCCUUGUCCCCUGCACGUCGUGUCUUCCGCUAGCUAAACAUAGAAUGGUAACCGUCACCAUUUAGUUCCAAUAACUUUAUAUCCAUCUCUCUGUAUCAGCAGAAACCAGAAGAAGCAGCAGCAUGGGGGCCGUUGAGGAGAAACAGGAAAAAUGUGGGACUGUCUGCCUGAAAUACCUGCUGUUUACUUUCAACUUUCUUUUUUGGCUGGCAGGAGGAGUUGUGAUGGCAGUGGGUGUUUGGACCCUGGUGGAAAAGAGCGACUACAUAAGCCUUCUCCCCUCCAAGACCUACGCUGCCUCUGCCUACAUACUGGUCCUAGCUGGAGCCAUCGUCAUGGUAACAGGUGUUCUGGGAUGCUGCGCCACUUUCAAGGAGCAGAAGAAGCUGCUGUUAGUGUACUUUGUUCUGCUUCUGUGUAUCUUCCUGUUGGAGAUCGUGGCUGGUGUCUUGGCGUACAUCAACUAUCAGCAGCUAAAUGAUGAGCUAAAGCAGAACCUGAAGGCCACUAUGACCAACAAGUACAGACUGGGCAAGGACAAUGAGCACAUCACUCAAGCUGUGGACAAGCUGCAGGAAGAGUUCAAAUGCUGCGGCAGCCACAACUCAACUGACUGGGAGGAGAAUGGAUGGAUCCGCAGCUCAGCCUCUGAGGGCCGGAAGGUUCCUGACAGCUGCUGUAAAACUCAAAUUCCAUUUUGCGGGACAAGGGAUCACCCCUCCAACAUCUACAAGGCGGAGGGUGGUUGCAUCAGCAAACUGGAGAGAUUCAUUCUGGACCAUCUACAGAUUAUUGGAGCUGUGGGUGUUGGGAUUGCUUGUGUACAGCUCAUUGGAAUGGUGUUUACAUGCUGCCUAUACCGAAGCCUUACAGAGUCGUACUACUGAGAAUCUCAAAUGGUUGGGG